AGAUAUCUGAUAAGCGAAGGCGGUAAAUUGUCAAAAUAAACAUAAUAAUAGAGUACGGGGCACCAGAAGAAGUAUCCUGAUAUAGAAGCUCCUCUGGAAAAUGUAAUGAAAGAAAUAGCUUUCUAUUCAGUAGAAGAUGGAGAUCGCAUUGCUGUACAUUGGAAUUAAGGAAUUUUGAACAGAAGUGAAAUGUCCGUCCGUAUGUGCUUUUUUUAUGUCCUUUAAGGAACAUCUUGUUCUUCCGUUGCUGGUGAAUGCCACUCUAGGAAUCAAACACUAAUAAUCUGGAUAACUAAUAUUUUAUACUCUUAGAAAUGUAGGAGAGCUGUAUAUAAACUUUUUUUUACAUAAAGGUUUUGUAUUAUUUUUACAGCUAAGCUUAAAGGUAUAUUAUUACUUUAUAAUCUAAAUGGUAACUAUAAAGUCUUUAAUGUUAAGAAAAGAGCCCAGUUUUAAGCAGUAUUUAACUUCUCACAAAUGAAUCCACUAUUUAGUAUUAUGUAAUAUUAAUGCAGUGACGUAGAUCAAUAGCAACUGCACAAGCAAAUGUGAUCCAGGAUGUCCCAAGUUUUUUCUUAUUAGUUUCAAGAAGUCUGAAGAGUAUCUCUCAAAGGGCUACAAGAACACUUCAUGAUCUUACAUUCCAAGAGCUGGAUGUUGUGUUCAUCACUCACACCCAGUUAUUGCCUAGAUCACUUACAAUUUUGUGGCUUCAUGAAUGAAGUUUUCUAUUUCUAAAAGAAGGAAUGAAAAUUUAAAGAAUGAUAAAAAAAAGUGUUGCACAAACUUCUGUGUUAAAAAUGUAGAAGACUUAUAAAAUAGUACAUAGUUUGAAAUAAUAUUAAUGGCUUGUAAAACUUUUCUUCUCAUUCCACUCAUUUCGUCAUUUAUCUUACAUUCCCAAAUGAUAUUUUAAAAUAAAUUACUAAUACAUUUCAUUAUUUCUUCUGGACACUCUUUAUCAUGAUAAUUGCAUCAUUGACUAUAAAAUUAAGUAAUUAAAAAUGCAUUCUGAUGUAUGAAAUUUGUAAUAUAAAAGAAAGUCAUACACAAUAUUACGUAAUCAUAUCAGCUUCAAAUGUAAAAUUACUACAGACACUCCUUUCAGAGAACUCAUAUCUUUGACUUUCCAAUUAAGAACCACAGACAAGAAAGAAAAAAAUGCUAUUAAAAUAUUAAUAUUCUAUUCAACAAGAAUAUUAACCCUUUGACUGCUACAGGCAUGCAUAGAAUGACAUAUGUGUAGUGUGUGUUAUACGUAUGGCUGUCAGCCACAGUAACUUGGAGAUUAUGGAGUAAAUUCAAUGUUAAAUAAAUGCAGACUCAUAGAAAGUUUUGAACAACUCAACCACUAAAGGCAAGAAACAAAAGCAGAAUGAAAACAUGUGCUAGGGGAAACCUAACAGAACUUCAAGGACUCCAAUGUUUUGCAGGAAUGAAAUGUAAACAGCAAUUGUAAAGUGGCAGUGCAACCAUAAAUUUCUUUUUCUGAGGUUGUCUGGUGAGAGGAAGACUUCCUAAUCCUCCUCAAAGCUCACUCUAGUGAUGCAGAAUGUAAGAAACCAACUUUAGUCAUUCCUACAUAAAGGGCACUGAACCAGACAGUAUGCAUUUAUAAUGUAGCAAAACCCUGAACUAACUCAUAGAAAUGUGAGGCCUGCAACCCACAAGGGCAUCAAAACAUCAAGUUGGUGAAUCAGAGAACCACACGUAGAUGCCAUUAAAAUCAUUCCAGGAAUCAUUUGGCCCUCACAAAUGGCAUCAGGGGGAGGGAGAAUGGCCUCACAUCUCCACUCGUGUAGAGUCCCGUGUACAGCCUGACUGCAUGCACUAACAUGUCCCGAGGCCUGGAAAUUUUCCAUUUGUCAACACAUCCAGAGUAGUCAAAGGGUUAUUUUAUUAUACUUAUCACAAUAAAUGUCUUUUUCCCAACAAUAUUGAUUUUUAAUAACAAGGCUGCUUUUCAAACAUUAAAUGCUAUAUAGUAGCUGUGUAGUGGUGGCUCCUGAGUAAUUGCUCUGAACUGGGUAGAUUUAAACUGGCGGAUAUGUAGAAUGAAAGUAGCUCCUCAUUCACACAAGAAAUUCCUCUGCAAUUGCUAACAUGACUGCUACAUCCUUACCCUACGUGCCCUUCAUCCCACUGUAAAAUACCCAAUCUACAUUAUUGUUGCAAGGUCGUAUUGCUUGAACAAAUCAUGUAAUGCCAGUGUCAUGUUAAACCUCUAAAUUGAGCCGAGCCAAUCUGUCUCCGUGAUGUGAUAUGGUGUGGCGUUUGGUAGCCCAGGACAGACAAUGUAUGAAAUAGAAUAAUUCUACAUAGAGCUAUGACUAUGUAUAAUCAACCAUGAUGGUGGGAUUCUCUAUAGUGUUGCUCCUCACGCUUUGCCUUGCGCUGUGAGAAUCUAUAUUUCUGGUAGAUACAAUUUCUCUCAUUGUCAUGAGGCAAAUUGAAAAGUAAAUGUGUAGACAAAAUCGGUCUCCAUUUCUGCUGACAAUAAUUUUACAAUGCAAUGUUGGUCUGUCACCUUCAGGACCUCCCUUUCUAUCAAUGGUAACUAUCUACUUCUUCAUUGCCGACAUUACCUCUGCACAUCUGGUGCUGGCCUCCUCAGAUGAGCACAACCAUCUUAUUGAUAUUGAGUGUUUUGAAAUUGUAAUGCCUUCACACAAUAUAUGGAGACCUGAGCCAUUAUAGUCCACGAAACAGAUUCUACGCACGAUCAAGCAGUGCUCUCUCUGCAAGUGCGACUCUUGCUGCCAGUGCUUCUGUGGCCCAUUUGCUUUUGUAACUGUUCCAAAAUCAAUAGGCCCAACAGCAGGAGAGCAUAUAAGGCACCACAUUGCAGAAUGAAGAAUCAACAUCUGAGGAUAGCUGAGAAGAUUUAAGGGAAGACAAAGUCGUUAACAAUUCUUUUGUGCUGAAGAACACAAAAGGGGUAUGAAAGAGCAAUAGAAUGAAGGGCUCCAGAUGUGUUCUGACCUGUGAUCUGCAAGGAGUGGCCUGGGUCCAGGUAUCUGAUGUUUUUUAUUCUUUCUUUACAUUAGUGCCAAGGAAGAGGAGUUCCCUUCCACUGCAACCCGCUCAGCAAAUUCAAGUGACUUGCACAUGCAAUAGUGUAUAUAAUAUAUAGGGUGAGAUACCCUUCAUUUCUACCAGUUGACAAUAUUUGUAAUAGAACGUAUGUGCAAAUGUCAAAUUCUGAUUCCAUUCAACUUUGAAUUGAUUAUCAUUACAUAUCAAGAAAUUCAAAUAACAAAAUCGUUAACUGUGCUGCAAGUUUUUAAAAUAACUUGUGGAUACUUUUUGCAAUAAUGAUGCAGUGUACUCAGAUCUUUUUGAUGGUUUUUAAAAUGUAUCACUUGUGUAUUGUGCACCUUAUAUGCUAUCAAAAAGGAGGGGAAAUGACUUUUCUAUGCAGUAUUCUAUGUGUACACAAGUGGUUUUUGCAACAGUCAGUCACAUUUACUAAAACUUUUCAAAUGAAUGGAACAGAAAACUUUUGGAAUGAAAUGCAGGAGUCUCCAACCAUGGUGAAAUUUAACUUCCUCCAGUUGAGUUUGGAAAAACAUUUUGAAGAAUUUUUCAACAGCUUUGUGAUUAACUAACAAUUCACAUCAUGAUUCUAGCAACAGCUGUUGCAAUUAGAAUCUUGUUACUGAACACUGGAUAAGUAAGCAAAAGGAGAAAUCUAUUAGAAGCUUGUCUUCCCUUUGAAAAGAGAAUGACUGAAGUUUUCAGUCUUAGGCAAAGUAACUAAACAAUUUUCAGAAUUGCGUUGUAGUUAUAACUUUCAGCACAAAGAUAUGUGUGUAGCACACAUUAUCAUCCUCGUGAGCCGCCACAGGUACAUGUAUAGGAUAGUUGAUCACUGAUGUUUAAGGACAUUUCAUCUUCAGAUGCACAGAAACAACUUUUGUUUAUGACUACUCUGCUUUUAUCUGUCAAUUUUUAUUUGUUUGAUAAUAGAGAGAAAAAUGAACGAUCGAGAAUUGUUUUUGCUAUUCUCUAUUCUCCAUUAUACUUAGGUAAUUUUUGAGCAAAAUUAUUGAAUUUAGCAUAACAAGCAUUUUCUGUGAUUCAUUAAAAGGGGACAUAUUUUCUUUUAUGAGAUGGAAUUUAUUCAAGGUACUACAGUAUACCCUAUUAAAAUAUUUAACUUUGUACAGAAGUUGAAAACCACAAAUAUUCAAUUCCUUUUAAAUAAAAUAUAAGUAAGUGCAUGGUGUAAUAAAGGCAUUGUUACAAAAAUUAUCUGAACAAUAAUUAAUAUUCAACACUUCGAAAAAUAUUUCUACAUUUUCUUCAAGUAGCUGUAUGUUCUUAUGUUAAAAUAUGAAAAAAGAAAAUUGUCUAGUUUUGCUUGCAAAAAAUUUUUUGUCUUCAGUUCAGUCUUGUUCAGUAUGAAGUACGUAUCAUUUGUGAAUCUAAAACUGCAAGAAUUUCAUCACCAAAUAUCCUUUGAAACAAUUCAAUCAAAGGUGUCAGUCAAAUACUGUAAAACAGUUAAUUUCAAAUAACUUAAAAAUUUGUCACUUGAAGUAAAAUCAAGUUUUUGAUGAGACUUUCACGUUGAUGUAUAUUGAUUUGGUUCUAGUGUUUUAAGGAUGUGACAUUCAUAUGUGAGAAAUGCCAAAAUAUAGUGGUAUGCGUGUGGGUUAGGGUGGUGCAUGACACCGCGUCAUGUCAAGUCAAGUCAGGGCCCCCAAAGCCCCUGCCAACGUACAAUAAAGAUGGAGUUAAUGCUCAAAAAUGUUUUUAAGUUAUCUUGUGGACAAGAAUUUUGUAACAUAACUGUACUCGUCACCAAAAUAUUUAAUUAAGGUUAUUCCUUAUUAUUGCUGCAAUUGAAGUAGGAGAAUUAUUUCAAGAAAUGGCUACCCCUAAUAAUAAGAAUAAGGAGAAAAAGAAGAACAUUAAUAAUUCUCAGAAAGACCCCUGGUUAGUCUGUUUUCCCAUCUCAAUCAGCUGUGGUACCUACUGCAUGACCAGGGCAUGAAUUCGUAAAAAUUUUCAUUUGUACACUAUACGAGUAAAACUGUCAAUAGUACAGAACAAAUUAAAAGCAACUUUCGUUAUUUGUGCUUCAAAGAUAUAUUUGCAUUGUUGACUUUUACUUUGUGUAGUUUACGAAUAAAUAUUUUACAAAUUCAUUUUCAGAAUAGGAGCCCAGGAAUGAGAUACUCAGUAGCAUAAAGUGGAGAAUGAUUUCUUCAUCGAUUAAAUCUAAUUUAUAAUGUAAAGCACAAUUAGGGACCUCAUUUGAACCUGCACUGGCGCCUUUGAGAACCUAGCUACCGUGUAGAGUGGAUCUUUAUUGUGCAGUUGCCACAUGACAUAAUUGUGUAUAAGGAUGUUUAUCCUUUGAUUCUCCCUCAAUUACAUUUCCGUUAAUAACAAACUUGGAUGAGAAUUACCUGUUCUAAGAAAGUAGAAAAUCUUUGGAGAUAUUUGAGUAAAGGAUAAUUGUUAACAAGAUUUGUUCUUUAUUUUUGUUUUUAAAAUGUAUUGUUGCCUGCUGAAAGCAUGGAAAUUCAAUGUGUAAUAAUUACAGAUAUGAAAUAUAUAUAAUAUUCUUGGACUGGAAAAUUAAUUAACAUAUUCAUUUUUUCAUUAUCAACUAAUUUUAUAAAAUUUCGUCAUUUAAUGCUGUUAUAAUAAUAUGGUAAAAAUAACAAUUUUUAAUGAAUAUUGAAUGGUAGGGGAAAUAAAGUGAAGUAUAAAAUUCAACUGGAAGUUUGUGAAAGGCUACUUUAAGGCUGUUUGGGUUACAAAAGAUAAAUUUGGAUUAUCAAAAACUCAAAUGGUCUUGAAGCAACCAAAGCAUAAAAUGUUAUUUUUUACUUUUUGUAACAUUCUUAAUAUCCUGUUGAAGUAGGCAUGCCAAAAUUUUCAUUAUUACCUCUCUUAUUGAUCUGUUUGUGAAAAAUGGUUCAGUGUAUAUAUGCAAAUGGUUGUGCUUUGUUGAAUUUAUCUACAGUGAUUUGUAGACUGUUCAUGAAUAAGAAAAUAAUUUUAUAAAAUUAGCUUAUUGAACAAAGUUUACAGUGUGAAGAAAUUUAAUUGCCACAAAAAGUAAGAAAAUUACAAUCUCUUGAAUGAAGGGUUAUGAUAGUUUUGUUCUGUCAUUGUCAAAUUUUUAAACAAAACAAGUUCAUUAGCUUUUUACUUGUCCUGUGUAAUAAAGACAAAAUCGCUUCCACUUGUUUGCUGUUUAGAUUGUUUGUUCUAGUCACUUUUUAUUCAUGCCAGGAAAGCAAGCAUACUAUCUAUGUACAUUUUCUUGAGCUCUUGUUUUUAUUUAUGUUCAAGGAGUGGGUAAUUUGCUUAAUUUGUUGGCAACUCUUUAAAAUAAAAUCUGUAGCUUAUGUGCCAAUUUCAAAUAGUUUCUGUUAUGAGGUAUUGAAUUUUUGUUUUGUUUUGUUUUGUUUUGUUUUGCAAUGUUAGCUACAAUGUAUUCGGAUGCCUUGAAGUUAGGUCAGUUGUUAAUGAAGAACAAUAUAUAUUUUCAGUGCCUAUGUUUUGGCCUCUUAUUUUGUCUUCAUCAGGGCUUUUAUUCUUACUGCUCAAGAAGGCCCAAUAAACGACAGAAAUGUAGGCAAACUCAAGAUAUAAAGAUCUGCCAGAAUACAUUAACAAGAGGGGUCAAGAAGAAAAAGUUUCUUUGACUAUAAUACCAUCUUAUAUUCACACUUCAACUAUGUAUUGUGUAGGAUAGGUAGUAAGGAUUCUGGGGCUCAAGAAAAUUUGCUCAGAUGGUACAUCUUGAACAGUUAACAUUGUCUAUAAUUGUAUAUAUAAGAAUAUUAAUCAAAUGUGCCUUUGAUGUAAAUGCUUUGUAAAUUUAUUUAUUUUUGUGCUAAUGCAUCACGGUGGGGACGUAACUUCUGAAUCAGUGAGAUUGGUGGAAAGAAAGCUCAGUAGUAUUGCAUUUUUAUAAAAUGUUUAUCAGCUGUUAUCUGUUGUUGGAAAUGUAUUGUGCAUGAUGUUCCAUUGCAUAUAUGUGAUGGACUAAUAGUUCCAUGAUUUGUAGCUUUUUCUGUGAUUUAAUGUUGUCACAUGCUUCAU